GUGUGCACAUGACGGACUUAAACACUAAAGUAAUGAUUUUCUCUAGAAUAGUGGUGUAGACAGUGCGUCCACGAACCAAGCAGAUGUGGCUCCGACCAUGAUUAAUCCCAGGCUCCACACGGUAGAAGCGGCGUUGAUAUUUAUAUCCGUUGCACAGCUGAGCACAGCUCUGAAGUGUGUGUGCCAGCUAUGUGCCAACAACACCUGUGAGACGGGUGCAGACGGGGCCUGCUGGAACUCUGUGAUGCUGAUCAACGGGAAGGAGGAGGCCGUCAAGUCCUGUCUGUCCCCGGCCGAGAUGAGGGGACAGGUCUUCUGCUACAGCUCCCGGAACGUCUCCAAGAGAAACUGCUGCUUCACAGACUUCUGCAACAAUGAGACCCUGCAUCUGCAUCCAGGCUAUGUAGAGAGGCCAUCGGAGGAGCCCGGCUGGGGCAGGCUGGAGCUGGCAGCGGUCAUCCUGGUUCCCUCUGCCCUGCUGUGUGUGAGCAUCCUGCUGGGGGUGUGUGUGAUGCAGGGCCAGCUCUGUGCCUACAACAGGGCCCACAAGAAUGACGUGGACGAGCCCCUGGAUGACCAGAGUCUCAUGUCCCCCGACAAGUGUAUUAAAGACCUCAUCUACGACAUGAGCACGUCAGGCUCAGGCUCUGGGCUGCCGCUGCUGGUACAGCGGACAAUAGCUCGGACCAUCGUGCUGCAGGAGACCAUUGGGAAGGGCCGCUUCGGGGAGGUGUGGCGAGGGAAGUGGCGAGGGGAGGACGUGGCGGUGAAGAUCUUUUCAUCCCGAGACGAGAGGUCCUGGUUCAGAGAGGCAGAGAUCUACCAGACCAUCAUGCUCCGACACGAGAACAUCCUGGGAUUCAUCGCAGCCGAUAACAAGGAUAACGGCUCUUGGACUCAGCUGUGGCUGGUGUCAGAGUACCACGAGCACGGCUCUCUGUUUGACUACCUGAACAGGUACACUUUGUCUGUGGACGGCAUGAUCGUCCUGGCCUUGUCCAUCACCAGCGGCCUGGCACACCUCCACAUGGAGAUCAUUGGCACUCAGGGGAAACCUGCCAUUGCCCACAGAGACAUCAAGUCUAAAAACAUCCUGGUGAAGAAGAAUGGGACAGCUGUCAUAGCAGACCUGGGAUUGGCUGUGAAACACGACUCCAGCACCAACACCAUCGACAUACCGUCCAAUCACAGAGUAGGAACAAAGAGGUACAUGGCCCCAGAACUGCUGGAUGACACGAUCAAUAUGAGCAGCUUUGAGUCAUUCAAGCGGGCCGACAUCUACUCCCUGGGCCUGGUGUUCUGGGAACUGGCACGGAGGUGCUCCGUCAGGGGACUUCAAGAAGAUUUCCAGUUGCCUUACUAUGAUACGGUACCUUCAGAUCCCUCUGUGGAGGACAUGAGAAAGAUCGUCUGUGACCAGAAACUGAGACCCAACAUUCCCAACCAGUGGCAGAGCUGCGAGGCACUGCGGGUGAUAGGCAAGCUGAUGCGUGAGUGCUGGUACGCCAAUGCUGCAGCUCGCCUCACCGCAUUGAGGGUCAAGAAAACCGUCUCUCAGGUGACUGUACUCAAGGACAUCAAAGAUUAGCUAGGUAAGCUAGCCCACUGGCUGGCGCAUCCCCCAAUGUACUGUUAUUGGUCGGGAGAAAAGCAUGCUCAGGACCACACUGAAACCCUCAACUGGGUGGUAAUUCAUUAGAAACCAAACAGAAUAAAACAGGCCGAAGCAGGGAGGAGUCUACCUGAAUUUGUAAAAUAAGAAACUCUAAUUUUCAUUGUAAAACGUUUGCUAUGUUGUGCACUAAUGAAUAUGACCCAGCAGUGUGCAUUCUCAGCUUGUGAUGCCAAAGGAGCCUACUGUUGCUAUCCAGCAGGGAACACUGUGUGACUGGAACUGGAUCAACCAAUCCAGAAGGAACAGGAAAUGAAACUGUGACCUUUUAGGAUGAUUUACAAUGUACCGAUUUUCCUCUGCUACCUCAGAUGUUUUUAAGUGCCCAAAGCUUGAAGUUGCACAUUGAAUGCUUCAUGCCAUAUAAUAAUGUAUGUAGUGCUAGGCAACAUGCAAAAUGACUGUAAAUGUUACUGAGUAAUGCACUCACUGCUAUGCCUGAUAGUAAAGGACACCCAUGGUCUACAUCAAUAAAGA